CUAGGAGUAGUUUAUAUGCUGAGUAAAAUAAAUUCUGGAUCCGGUGCUAGAGCCCCUCUUUCUCUUCGUUCGUUCUUUUACGAUAUUAUCUCUCUCUCUCUCUCUCUCUCUCUCUCUCUCUGGGUUAGAAUUUGUGGAGGAAGAGUUUUGAAGCAGAAAGAAUUAGUGGUGGGGGCUCAUAAUGUCGAUGUCACAUGGCAGCAACAUCCGCUUGCCAGGAUCACGGUCUCAGCCUCGGGUCCUUUUGCCAUUACUAUCCGUGACUGGACUUCGAAUUAUUUGCUCAUCUUCCGAAAGAAGAGUCCCUGACGAGUACGGGGAGGAUUUUAUUAGUGAAUUGCCAGAAGAAGUCCUGUGUUUGAUACUCUCCCAAUUGCCUACGAAAGAUGUUGUUAGGACUAGCAUCUUGUCCAAAAGAUGGAGAAACCUUCAUGUUAUUCUCCCCAAAUUGUCGUUGAAUUGUCCUUGCACAUUUAAGAAGGACAGAAUAAGCCAGCAAGGCACUGGCCGCCUUGAUCGGUACNAAACUUGGAGGAACUUGUGCUCAGGCUUUCUUGUGAUGACCCUUUUGUUGGAGAUAUACCAAGAGGUCUGGUUACAUUUCCCUUGCAUUUGUUUACUUGCAAUCUGGGACGACAAGGAACAUUUAAGUCCCUUUCGCUGCUUAGGUUGGACGCAGUGUCAUUAGUUAAUGGUGAAGUGUGCAGCAUCUUCUCAGCCUGUCCAAAGCUUGAGUCUUUAAUGUUGAAAUAUUGCAGACUUCCAUCUAAGUUAUAUAUUGGCGGACCGGAACAUGAGUUGAAGUCUUUGACAAUCACAAGUUGUGUCGGGGUAAAGAAGAUAGAGCUUUGUGCUGGAAAUUUGACUAGCUUGGAAAUCAUUUGCUCUCAAAAGCUGGAAGAAAUUAGUCCUUCCCAUGUUCCGAAGCUGAGACAUUUUUUUGUUGGGUUAAAAUAUUCUGGUCAUCUGUCUUAUAUGAUUCGUCGGGUUGCCAAGGACAUGCCUGAACUUGAAUCCUUAUAUAUUGAAUCACUGGUCAGUGAGAUAUAUUUGACCCCGUCAGGAGGGCGUGCGUUCAACAAUCUUAAGGAAGUAUAUGUACUCAUGGACUUUAGAUGGCUAUAUGGUGCUCAACAAAUUGCUUGUGUUAUUAGCUGCUCACCAUUUCUACGCAAAUUUCGUCUGGUGACAAAAGGUACUGUAGACAUAGGAGUACCGAGGCUAGGAUUGACCUCAACAUAUGAUCAUGUUCAUCUGAAAGAAGUGGAGAUUGGGGGAUUUCAUGGGCACGAGAGCGAGCUUGAAUUGAUUGUCUUUCUCCUUAGAUUUGCGGUGUGUCUUGAGCGUAUGACCAUCACCAAGGAUUAUGAGUACUACCUUGGAGGAGGGAAAUGGGAGAAGAGCGGAAACCAAGAUACUAUAAUGGAUGAUGAGCAACGUGAAGUAGUGCGUGAACUCGUGAAGGGAACAACGUUUGCCUCUCCAUUUGCUCAACUCAUUUUGCAUUAGCUUUCGUAUGACAUGAUACUAGCAUUUUGUUUGUUUGUUUGUUUAGUUUUGGACAAAAUAUGUCUAUACAUUCAACAUUCUAUUAACAUAAGGCAUACAAUUGUUAUUUGCAAUAAAUAAAUAUACUCUGUAAUUGUUUGUGAUGGUGUGACAUUGUUUUGAAGAGAGGAAUACCAAUAAUGUCAUUAAGGAACAUUGUUUUGAAGAGAGCAUUGCAUAUCCCAAAUGAAUUUGGGGGAAAAAU